AGCCGCGACGUCGCUACGUAUGUACGCUACGUACGCCUUAUACUAGAAGUCAACGUUCCAGCUAUUCGAAAGCAAACCGAACGAAGCGGUGUUACACAGUGUUACGGUGGAUUGCUGUUACCUGUGUUUGUGUUUUAUUGUUUUGUGCCUGGAUUGGUUACUUUGUGGUGUAAAUAGAGAGCGAAAUUUAUUUUUAGCUCCUGACAGACUUGUUCGUGUAACUAUAAGACGUCCGUGAAUGCCGCGCCGCAUGGAUGGCGCCGCAACUAUGGCGGUCGCUCGCCUUCUUCCUGGCAGCCACCACCCUCACCGUAGCUAAAUAUGCAGAACUAGAAUCAUGGAAAGGAGGUGGAAGACCGGUAACAUCAGCGCAGGAGGCUGAAGACGAACGUCACGAUGCAGAAUUGCUUGCAGCUGUUCGAGCCUCCGUGAAACAAUGGGAAAUCAAGAAGUCACGCACAAGGACGAAGAGAUCGCAGGGAAGCGUGUGCUACGGUGAGUUCGGCUGCUUUGAAGAUACGGGUCCAUUUGCGUAUUUAGAGACGCUACCAAGUCCGCCCUUGGAGGUUGGAACACAUUUUCUCCUCUACUCAACAACCAGCAGGGGUGAUCAGCCACUGAUAGCAGUUCCAGCGAGUAAUAUGUCAGCUGCAUGGAGUUGGGCAGCGCGUGCUUUCAACACGGCGCGCCCCACGCGUGUCAUCGUUCACGGGUUUGGCUCCAACUGCGACAACGUAUGGGUGUACGAGAUGCGCUCCGCUCUAAUGGCAGUAGAAGAGUGCAAUGUAAUUUGCGUUGACUGGGAAGGUGGGGCUACAAUGCCGAAUUAUCUUCGAGCCGCGGCUAAUACGAGACUUGUUGGAAAACAGUUGGCAAUGCUCUUGCAAGGCUUAGCUGAACACAUCGACCUGCGGUUCGAGGACGUUCAUCUGAUAGGAUUUAGUUUGGGCGCUCAUGUCGCUGGUUUUGCUGGAUCGGAAUUAAAAAACAUCAGUCGUAUCACGGGCUUAGAUCCUGCCGGGCCGCUAUUCGAAUUCCAAGACUCUAGAGCUCGGUUAGACAAGUCAGACGCUAAGUUUGUAGACGUCAUCCACUCUAAUGGAGAAACGUUGAUUCUGGGUGGCUUGGGCGCCGCGCAGCCGCUGGGACACGUCGAUUUCUACCCCAAUGGUGGCCGCGUACAACAUGGCUGCUCCAAUUUGUUUGUAGGUGCAGUGUCCGACCUGGUGCUGCCUUGGGCAAGUGCAUCAAUCGAAGGCCGGUCGCUGUGCAACCAUCGCCGAGCUUAUAAGUUCUUUACUGACUCAGUCUCUCCAAAAUGCCAUUUUCCUGCUUUUCCUUGUUCGGAUUAUGAUUCAUUCUUGGAGGGUCGUUGUUUUCCCUGCGACGGAGACCAUCGGUGUGGUAACAUGGGCUAUUACGCAGACCGCUCUCUUGGACGAGGACAACUUUACCUCCUCACUAGGGAAGAAGAACCUUUUUGUGCCCACCAGUAUCACGUAGCCCUGUGGGCGUCGAGCGAGACAGGCGAUAAGCCCAAUUAUGGACGAAUUACACUCACUCUACAUGGUGAUUCGGGCCUGAAUGAAUCGUUUCCUAUGACCAAGCGGUCGGAGCGCGCGCCGAGCGUGCGGUUCGGGCGCGUGCUGGUGCCGCACCCCGCGCUGGGCGUGCCGCUGCGCGCGUCGCUGCAGUACGCCGCCUACAACGGCUGGCUCAGCGCGGGCGCGCGCGCCAUGCUGCUGCACAAGCUCCUCAUCACCGACAGCUUCGGAAAGACAUCAUCAUUUUGCAAAGAAUUACGGCUCGCAUCGGAUGAAUCGGUCCAGUUACCGCUACAUCCGGGUGAUUGCAAAAUUCAAGAGACUGAUGAACCACUAAAUGAAACAAUCGGUGAAAUUGAGAACGGUGUAGAACACGUAACUAAUACACCCUUAGAAGAUCCACAUGACAAUGAACUUCCCGAAGAAAAUCCGGACAGGCCAUUUGUGCUGGUGGACUCCUACGAAUGGGAGGAUACAGCGGACACUGGCCGCGCGUUUGGUAUGACAAAUACAAAAACCGCACCGAGUGGACUUGUAGAGAUAGCUGAACCAGUGCUACGGCCUCGACUUCGCAAAAUGCCUAGACAAAGAGUAGAUUCGCCAGACAACAUUCAUGAGAUAUCAGAACCCAUUCUUCGUGCUACUCAACCACCCCGUAGCACGACACAGCCCCCAUCUCGCAAGCCUAAAAACUAUGAUGUCUCAACAACAACAAGUGAUGUUUCUUCAGACGAGCGAGCCGAAAAAGAAACAACUAGUUUUGCUGUACAAUAUCUGCCAGCGCGACUCGCGUCCUUCAUCUCUAGAGCUGAACGCUACGCUCGAGAUACACUUUUACCACUAGUUUCAGCGUACGCUCCUCGAUUACCAUUAUUCGGAUCACGUGAAGUUCCAAAGACAACCGCAAGAUUUAUUCCUACCGAAGAAGUGAACGUAACUAACUCCGUGCCUAUUCCCAUGCCUACAUUAGAAAUGAAGAUAGAGUCUCUGCGGACAAUGGGUCCUCCGGGAGAAAAACGCGAGUUCGAAACUCCAGAAGAUCCCGAUGUACCGGUAGUUAUUUCUACUACGACUACAUCAACUACCACUACCACUCCUACACCAACAACAACGACGACUGAAGCGAUGCGUGCUGCUCCAGUAGAAAUGUUGCAAGUGGUUGAAGGGCCAGCUGCUUCCACGAGUACAGCCCUCCCUCCCAUCGCUUUGCGCAGCAAGGGCGAAAAGAUUUUAAUAGUAUAUCCAAGUAACGCCAGGGACGAAAGAAAAAUUAAGUCGCAUUCGUUCCCCGAAGAGAUGCAGUUUGAGGCACUGUACAGGCACACGGCGGAACCGCAGGCGGUUCGAGUAGAUUUGCCUACAUUCACACCGCCAGUGUCGACCGAAAAUCCACUACCAGUAACUUCCACAACUCCGAGUGCAAAACCAUCUGAUAGUCAUUACAUUCCAGUUCCAUAUUCUAAUUCUAAUAAACAUGAUCAAGAUAUAAAAUCUAAACUCAGAUAAAUAGAUAUCUGAAUUGAUAAAUUAAUACUACGCAAUGUAAAUAAACACCUUAGUGUACGCGUAUUGUCCAUUCGAAUUAAAGGAGCAGAAAAGGUAAAUGACUAAACAACUUAUUACUUCGAUUUUACGUUAUUAUUAAUUCAUGUCUUUUUUUUUAAAUAAUAUACUGACAAAAUAGCACGGACAAUAAUGUCUUGUACUAAAUGAUGUCCUUAAGAAAACUAAUUUAAAUUUUAAUGUUCGAAAGCUGAUCGUUCUUUUUUACCAAUUCUUUGAUCAUUCCGCAAUAAUGUUCUAAGGACAUAGAUGCUCAGCGAGCAGACAGGUUACAUAUAAUAUUAAUUGGCGUAUUGGUUUGUAGUGUAAAUCCAUUUGAUCACUCCCCCCUCCACGUAAAAUUAUUUUCGGCACGCAUUAAAUGAGUGAUGUUCGGGGUUAUAAGACAUCUUAGUGUGCGUGUCGACUAAGAACAAAGACAACAAAAAAUACAAAUCAGAUUAUAUUUGUCAAGUUUAUUUUAUUAAACCACAGAUAAUUUCACGUUGAGGGGCGCGUCAGAAUGAAUAUAUAUACAAAUAUGAUAUGCCAAGUUAUCAAAGGUGAUAAAAAUUGCUUCGACUAGAAUCGAAUGUAUUCGUUUUUUUCUUAUACCAUAGAGUAUGCAUGUCGAUAUAGGUGUAGAUGGCGUCUUAUCGAAUUUUUUAUAUCUGGAUUUGUUCACACGAUACAUAUACGCUCAUAAUAACAACUAGGACAUUUUUGCAAAUAUUAGCAGUAAUCU